AUCCCCAUUCCAUUCCCCAGAAUUCUCUUCCCCUGCUUUGGUGGUCGCUGCUACGUUGCGCAAUGUCGGAAAAAAGCAAGGUUCUGGUGAUCGGCGGCACUGGCUACCUUGGAAAAUUCAUAGUGGAGGCCGCUGCUAAAGCCGGUCACCCUACCACUAUUCUCGUCAGAGAGGCCACCCUCUCUAACCCUGCAAAAUCCAACAUAAUCCAAAACUUCAAGAACUUAGGAGUCAAUUUUUUGAUUGGAGAUCUUUAUGAUCAUGAAAGCUUGGUGAAGGGCAUAAAGCAGGUGGAUGUGGUGAUAUCAUUAGUAAGUGAAAAUCAGUUACCCGAUCAGGACAAGAUCAUUGCUGCAAUUAAAGAAGUCGGAAAUGUUAAGAGGUUCUUUCCUUCAGAAUUUGGAAAUGAUGUGGACCGUGUACAUGCUGUUGAGCCAGCAAAGUCAGGGUUUGAGAUCAAAGCAAAAAUCCGCCGAGCUGUUGAGGCUGCUGGUAUUCCAUACACCUAUGUGUCCUCCAACUCUUUUGCUGGCUAUUACCUCACAACUCUCUCUCAACUUGGAGCUACAGCGCCCCCAAGAGAUAAAGUUGUCAUUUUAGGGGAUGGAAAUCCCAAAUCUGUUUUCAACAAGGAAGAUGAUAUUGCCACAUACACUAUCAAUGCUGUAGAUGAUCCAAGAACCUUGAACAAAAUCCUUUAUAUCAGACCUCCUCUCAACACCUAUUCAUUCAACGAUCUUGUGUCUUUGUGGGAAAAGAAGAUAGGAAAAACCCUUGAGAGGAUCUACGUUUCAGAGGAACAACUACUGAAGAAUAUCCAAGUAGCUGCUACUACCAUAAACAAUGGCACAGAAAAGCAAGAUUCUGGUGAUCCAAGAGUGUGGUUCAUGCUGAAGAGAAAUUAAAAACAGUGAUAGAAGAGAGAAUACUGAAUUAUAUUCAGAUUUGCAUAUUUGUUCUAUACAAUGACAUAUGUAUAUAUAAUAUUUACAUGACAUGUUUCCAUGCCUAGAAUUAUGCAGAAGAUUGUUGUUUUGACUGUUGCUCAAUUUUUGCAUUAUGACCGUUGAGGAAUUAUGACAAAUAAUUCCCUUCCUCUUUUGCUGCUAUUUCCUUGUUCAAUUCAGAUCUUGAUUGCUCACAUUUGCUGUCAUUUGUUUCCUUAUUUGGCUCUUGCUUCUUAAUACACCCCCUUAAACUGG